ACCUCCUUUGGAUGAAUGCAGAAAGUCAGCGCUGGAUAUGUGUGUUUAGAAGGGGGCCGGGGAGGGGGAGGAGACUGUGUGUGAAGGAAAAGGAUAAAAGCGAAAUUUCCUAGCAGGCUGUGGUAGAGUUCUGGAGGAAACCACCAAAGAGAUACUGGGUGGAAAUUUCCUGCUGGUCUGGAUGUGCCGCACACUCCCCCACACCCCCUACAGCUCUCGGUGAGGUGCAGCUAGUCCAGAAUGCUUUGCCAGGAGCGGACAGUCCACUACCUCAGCUGGGGCUUCAUCGUCGGGGGGGUGCUGUACCUCCUCCGCCAGACCAGCACGCACACCCCGUACGGCCGCUACGUGGACAGCGGCGCCCGCGGGCUGACUGUCCCGGCCAAGGCGGCCUGGCUGAUCCAGGAGCUGCCUUCCUUCCUGGUGCCCAUGGUUCUGCUACUGACCACCGAGAGCUCGGCCGACGUGGGUCGCACCAUUCUCCUCUGGACCUUCUGUCUCCACUACUUCCAGAGGACGUUCGUCUUCUCCCUGCUGAGUAAAGGAAGGCCCUGUCCGCUCUUCAUCACGACCUCAGCCGUCGUGUUCUGCUCCGUCAACGGCUUCCUGCAGGGACACUACCUGCUCCACUGUGGCCGAUACGAGGCAUCCUGGCUGACAGACGCACGCUUCAUCACAGGUCUGUUGUUGUUCUUCUCAGGCAUGGCCAUCAACAUUCACAGUGACCACAUUCUACGCAGCCUGAGAAAUCCAGGCGAGAUCUCCUACAGAAUCCCCAAAGGGGGCAUGUUCGAGUUUGUGUCCGGCGCCAACUUCUUCGGGGAGAUGGUGGAGUGGUGCGGCUACGCCGUGGCCGUGUGGUCUUUACCCGCGCUUUCCUUCGCGUUCUUCACGCUGUGCUCCAUCGGGCCGCGAGCCUACCACCACCACAGGUACUACCUUGAGAGGUUCGAUGAUUACCCAAAAUCAAGGAAGGCAGUGAUACCGUUUAUCCUCUAGCAUCCGAAGAGUGCCAGGUCGGAGGAGAAAUAAGGGGAAAAAAAGUACAUAUUCCAUCAUUCCGUCCUGGUCAGCUGUCAACUACAUGAAGCUACUCAUGUGUUAUAUUAUUUAUCAGUUUUACCACUGGGGGCCACAUAUUUUGAAGCUCAGUGGACUUCUUUUUUUGAUGGAUGCCAUGUUUGUAAUAUAAAAAUAAACUGUAAACAUUGAAUAAAUUCUAUAUUUUUAUUGUCUCAA